GCACGCCUCGACUGUAUCGGGGAAUCAUUAGUGAACAGUAGAAGAAAUGAAAUUUUCAUGCAAAAUCGUGUUUCCGGAGAUUAUUUGAGUGUCAAGAGCAUAUAUGCUCUUCUGAGGCGGAACGAACUGGCGUCAAGUUUCAGAACUCCGAACAACAUGUUUACGGCUAGCUUCUGCCGCAUUUUGCUCUAAAAGUUGCUUUUUUUAAGCAUUUCUUGAACAAUACUCCUUCCUGCAAUGGUAGUUGGGAAAGCAAAGACGCCAGUGGGAGCUGAGAACAAUCCUCCGGGACCUUUGCUGGAGGUUUCAAAAAAUGUUCUCCUGUCAAAUAAGAAGCAGUCGUCCGUUAACAGCUCUCUGCAGAAGUCCAAAGUUCGAGCCAGUGAGUACUCUGCUCGUGUAAAGAGAUCUCUGAUCGGGUACUUGCCUAAGGUUAACAAUGCACAAUCUCCUGGGGUUUCGGAGCCUAUUUGUGCAAAGCGUAAUGUGAACGAGCUUGAGCAGCUUGAGAAGGAAUUGCAGGAGAAAGAGGCAGAGCUUAUUGAAUAUAAGGAACGAGUCACUAGACUUUCCGAGCUUGAGAAAGAGUUAGAGUUUAAGAACAUCGAAGCUCAGGUUAUGAUGAAAAAAAUUGGCUCAUUGGAAAGAGAGAAGAUUCAAAUGCGUGAGGAAAUUGCUAGGGUUCCAGCCUUGGAAACAGAACUGAAAGCUGAAAAAGCACAUAUUGAAGAAAUGAAGAAGGGGGAUGCUUCAAAUGCAGAAAAGAAAAUACAACAUUUAGAAAUUGAAUUAAAAGAAUUGCGCCAAUCAAGUGCAGAACUUGUACAACAAAAUAAUGAAUUUAUGUCACAGCUUGCAGCAGCUGAAUCACAAAUUGUUGCUUUGAGAAGCAUUGCUGAGAUCAAUCUGGUUGCAAAAGCUGAAACCGAAGAGUCUAUGUUAAGGCACACAAAUGAAGAUCUUCGGAAACAAGUUGAAGGAUUGCAGAUGGAUCGCUUUACAGAAGUUGAAGAACUUGCUCACUUGCGCUGGGUCAAUGCCAAUUUGCACUACCAGCUUAGCAGUUACAAGCAGACAUCUGGGAAAAGGUCAGCAGAUGAUUUAAAUGACAGUUUGAGUCCAAACUCACGGCGCAGUGCAAAACAACUUAUUCUGGAAUGUACCAUGCCCGAGCUACAGAGAAAAAGGCAGGAAGAUUCUGAUAAUGAGGGUUUAUCAUCUCGUUCAUCCAGUACAUCUGAAUCUGGCGAUCUUGAUGAUUUAUCUUUCGAAAAUUUUCAAGGGCUUAUUGGUAUCUCAAAAAGGUCAAGAUUGAUUGGCAAAAGGAAGUUGACCAAGAAAAGGAACGAAUGGCAAUUUGUACAAAAUCUUUUAGAUCAGGGCAGUGAGAAGGAUCGCUCUUGCAAUAGCAGUCCGAGGAAUAGUUAUUCUAGCUGCGAGUCAAAGGAACCAUUGGAGCAUCAUUUUCUGCACCACAGACGAGAACUCAAUGAAGGUACAGCUAAAAUUUCUCUUUCUAAUGGUCAACAAAAGACAAGGCUUGAGUCAUCUAAUGAUAUGCCUUCUACUCUUCAACCUACAUCCAAAGGCUCUUCUUUCGAAGAUAAACAAAAAAUAUUUCUUAAGAAGGAGAAGCAAAUUAAGGAGGAUAAUCAAGUGCCCAAAUUCUCUGAAGUAACUAAAUUGACACCAGUAGAAGUUGAAAGAAGGGCAUCACGGAUACCAAAGCCCCCUCCCAAACCCAGUAUUGGUCCUGCUGCAACAAAUGGACCUAUCAAUUCAGACAGAAAAACAAUGCCGCCACCACCUCCACCACCCCCACGUGCAGGGUCUAAAGUUGCACCACCUCCUCCUCCACCCCCACAUGCAGGGUCCAAAGGAGCACCACCUCCUCCUCCACCCCCACAUUUACGGGCGAAAGGGGCACCACCACCACUCCCUCCUCCCUCAAAUACAUUAGCACCUGGAAAAGAUGUAAUGCAGAGAGCACCCGAAGUGGUUGAGUUUUACCACUCAUUAAUGAAAAGAGAUGCAAAAAAAGAUUCCUCUGGAGCUGCAUCGGUUGAUACUCCAAAUGUUGCAAAUGCACGAAGUAACAUGAUUGGAGAAAUUGAGAACCGGUCAUCCCACCUACUGGCUAUCAAAACAGAUGUGGAGACUCAAGGUGAUUUUGUCCGGUCUUUAAUAAGUGAAGUUCAUGCUGCAGUGUAUACCGAGAUAGAGGAUGUUGUAGCAUUUGUUAAGUGGCUUGAUGAAGAAUUAUCUUUCCUGGUUGACGAAAGAGCAGUAUUGAAGCAUUUUGACUGGCCAGAGAGGAAAGCUGAUGCUUUGAGAGAGGCUGCCUUUGGAUACUGCGAUUUAAAGAAGCUGGAAACUGAAGUUACAUCAUAUGAAGAUGAUCUUCAUCAGCCUUGUGAUGUGGCUUUAAAGAAGAUGCUAACCUUACUGGAAAAAUUGGAGCAUAGUGUCUACAGCCUUUUGCGAAUGAGAGAUACAGCAAUGACACGAUACAAAGAGUUUCAGAUACCAUGGGAUUGGAUGCUAGAUACUGGAAUUGUUAGCAAGAUAAAGUUUGCUUCAGUUAAGCUGGCGAAAAAGUACAUGAAAAGAGUUGCAAUAGAACUAAAAUCAAUGGAAUCGUGUGAGAAGGAGCUUACACACGAAUUCUUAAUGCUUCAGGGCGUCCGUUUUGCUUUUCGAGUUCACCAGUUUGCAGGAGGGUUUGAUACUGAAAGCAUGUCUGCAUUUGAGCAGUUGAGAAACCUUGCUCACAUCUGCCAUAAGAAAUCUCAAGCAAGAAAACAGAGUGCAGGUCUACCAACUUGUUAGACCUGCCAUUCAUUAAGGGUUGCGAUUUUCAAAAUUUGCCCCUGAAAAUUUGUUUUCAACAUGAUUGUUUAUUACUUAUUUAAACAUUCUAUAUUAAUGGAAACAUUUUAUGCUUGCCAGCCUUACAAAAUGAUUAUUUUUUGUUUCUGUCUUCCAUAGAGAUUUCCCAAAUACAACUGGAAUAGCUCUGAUGGUAGCAGCAUAGAUGUCCCGAACAGAAGUAUAUAAUUUUAGACACAUUUUCAAUGUUCUGAAUUGACAUUUGAAGACCGAGCAAUUUUGGUGCUUUGUAAGCCCAAAUUUAUUAAAAAAACUGUAAAUCUUUCU